AUGACGUUGGGCAGCGGCGGCUGCUGCAGCGGGAGAAGUUGAUUUAUCAACAACGGGCGCCUGACAACCAUAAACAUCAACUUAAACUGACUUUAAAGUGAUUAAAUUAGUACUUUAUGUUAUGUAAAUAAGGUAUAACUGAACGUGGAGGCAAUAGGGAGCACAAAUGGACGUCGUCAAGGAAUUAAAAAAUGUUUUUGUUGCAUGUUGUAGUUAGCUAGAGGGCUAAUUGUGUGUGUAGUAGUCACCAGGUGAUGUGUUACUUUCUGCUUUAGUAUCAGGGAUUAAUGAUGGCUUCCAAAGUGUGGCAGCAUCCUUACGUAAACCUAUUUAAACAUGUGAAGCUGGAGGAAUGGAGGAAAGCCAGCAAAGACGGAGACGUCACAACCUAUAUGGACAAGACGCUGAAGUGCACCGUGUUCCGCAUCCGUGGUUCAGUUCCAGCCAGCAACUACAUCCUGAUUCCCAAAACCAGCAGCCAGUCGCUGGGACUCACAGGCCGUUACCUGUACCUGCUCUUCAGACCCUGUCCCAAUAAACACUUCGUAGUGCACUUGGACGUGGCGGCUGAGGAGGGUCGUGUGAUUCGUGUGUCGUUCUCCAACCUGUUUAAGGAGUUUAAAUCCACAGCAACAUGGCUUCAGUUCCCCUUCCUGUGUGCAGCUGCACCUGGCUCUGUGUAUGAGAGCACAGCCAAGACCACCAAACAUGGUCUGGUGGGUCCAGCCCCGGUGGGUGUGCGCUGGACGUGCCUGGCGAUGGACCUGCGUUACGUGCUUUCUGUCUACCUGAACAGAACACACAGCCACUUGAAGAGCAUCAAACUGUGUGCCAACAUGGCCGUCAAAAAUGUAGUCACCAGCGACCUGAUGUUGGAGCCUGGUCUGUCGUUUUCAGAGUUCCGGCAGGCAGGCGUGGUGCUGCCUGAGGGCACGGCCCCGAUGCCCAGGGACAUGUGCUUCCCUGUGCCAAAAGGCAGCAGCUGGCAUCAGCUCUACGAUUACAUCAGAUUCCCCUCUGACGGUCCAAAGAUGCCAUUUGACUCCAUACAGAAAGGACAGGAUGCUCAAGCCCCAAUUCCACAAGAACCUCUGGAUGACAAAAGUCCAUAUCGAGAGGAGAGUCGCAGCGUGGACAUCAGCAAGCCAGUGCAGGACCGCGUCUCCCUCAUCCAACAGAUCACCACACCCAAACCCCGUGCUAAGCAGCGCUCACUGCUGCAAACCUCCAGUCUGCCCGAGCUCGCCACAGUGCCCUCCGGAGACGUAUGCAGCCCCAGAUCUACAGGUCAUGGGUCACAGAGCGAGGAGGAGGAGGAGGAGGAAGAAGACGGCAGGGUCGUGUGUGAUGACGGAGACAGCGUGCAUGUGUACGCUCACUACGAGGACGAUGACAUCAGCGCCCGUUCAACAGACAGCGAUGAAGUGGCAGUGUUCAACGCAGCUGUUCCUCGUCCGCGUCCUCUGCCUUCAACUAAACCAGCAAAGCAGCGAAGUAAGCUGCACCCUGACCCUAUACUGAAGCUGAGCAGAAUCGUUGGAUUUGGUGGCGCAACAGUGAGAUGUGCUGUGUGGGCUCGUGACGGAGAAGAGGUGGUGUAUCCGUGUCACGCCAUCAUCGUCAGUAUGAAAGUCUCAUCUGGUCAACAGCGCUUUUUCAUCGGCCACACCGAUAAAGUGUCAGCUCUGGCUCUGAACUCCAGUUCGUCUCUGUUGGUGUCGGCUCAGACGGGAACACACUGCCUGCUCCGGCUCUGGAACUAUAGCCAGGGAGAGGCGCUAACAGUUAUUAAAACAAGCACUCACUCACUGCAUUCACUCAGUUUGUCCUGUGGCGGCGGGGUUCUGUGUGGAGUCGGUAAAGACAGCCAUAACAAAACCACAGUUGUGGUGUGGAACACACAGCGCGCUCUCAAAGGAGGUGUUGUCUCAAUUGUGGCUAAAGCUCACACAGAUGUCGACAUCCAGACCAUGAAGAUAGCCUUUUUCAAUGACACGCGCAUGGUGUCCUGCGGAGCAGGGAACGUCCGCUUGUGGCGUGUACGCGGCCGUUCUUUGCGCUCAUGCCCCGUUAAUCUGGGACAGUAUCACAGCCUGGAGUUUACCGACCUCGACUUCGAGCAGGGAUGCGCUCCGGGGCGAGAGCCGGACGAGCGCACACUCUUUGUCAGCAGUAGGAGUGGCCACAUCCUGGAGAUUGACUAUGUCUCGGUGACGAUUCGGAACAUCCGGAGGCUCCUCCCAUCUCAGCAAAGCCACACCCACUGCAGAGAGAAGCAGACCUUCAGUACAGGGCCAGGUAUUGCAGUGAACAGCAUCAGUGUGUGCAGCGCGUUCUGCGCGACUGGCUCAGCGGAUGGCUUCCUGCGUCUCUGGCCUCUCGACUUCUCCUCUGUCUUCCUGGAGGCGGAACAUGAAGGGCCAGUUAGUCUGGUGUGCAUAUCUUCUGACGGUCUGAGUGUCCUGGCGGCCACCAGCACAGGAAACCUGGGCUAUCUGGACGUCGGUAGUCACGGUUACCGCACGCUGAUGAGGUCGCACAUGGACGCGGUGCUGGGCUUCAGCGUGGACGGAACCCGGCGCCGGAUCACCACGGCGUCCCGUGACGGCACGGUCCGUAUCUGGGAUGUGGACUCCACUCAGCAGCUGUACGACUUUGUAUCUGAUGAUCAUAACGACGCCCCGUCUUCAGUGGCGUUCCAUCCCAGGAUGCCCAUCUUCGCCUGCGGGUCCAGCUCGGGAACCGUCAGAGUGUUUGACAUCCCCACGUCCAGCUUACUAGCACAACACAGACAGCACCGGGGUGCGGUGGUGGGCCUGGUGUUUUCUCCCGAUGGUGAACGCAUGUACAGCGCUGGCUCUCUGGGAUACCUCGCUCUCUAUGACUCUUCCCAACCGGAAUAUAAUGUCCACCGCGUGCUAGGUAACAUGGUGGCGCGAGGUACGGAUCGAGGCCCGGAUGCUUUGGCUGUGAGUGCGGAUAGUAAACGCCUGGCGUUUGUCGGUCCCACGGAAUACACCGUAACCGUCGCGGAUACACGUUCGCUCGACGAGUUACUACGUGUGGACGUGAGCGUAUUAGACGUCGAGAGCACAACACUGGAUUCGGCGUUAAAGGUGUGUUUCUCGCCGUCCUCCCUGUCCCACCUGCUCGUCACCACUUCAUCCAAUAAGAUCCUGUGGCUCAACAGUAACACAGGCAGGCUGCUGAGAGAGAUAUCUGAGGCGCACAAGGAUCAGUGCUCGUCUUUGUCUGUCAGUGAAGACGGACGCUACCUGCUCACUGCCGGACACAACACGGUGAAGGUCUGGGACUACAACAUGAAACUGGAUGUCAAGUCACAGGUGUUCAUCGGUCACUCAGAGCCCAUUAGACAGGUGAGCUUCACCCCUGACCAGAUGGGUGUGGUUUCAGUGGGUGACGCCAUCUUUUUCUGGGACUUCCUGGGCCAUCAUCCACAGGAAGUGCCUACCUGCAGUCUCAGACCACCAGUAUCCUCCGUCUCUCUUCCUAGAGCAGGGAAAGACCAGAGCAGCUCUCCUCCGAAGACAGUGGCUGUGAAACACAGCGAGGUGGCAUUUAACGGAUUGUCCAGCGGGAUGCCCCGACAGGCGGCGCCUCUUCCCUCCUCACCUCCGCCCAUUUUAGAAGUUAUCGCCAGAGAGAAGGCGGGGCAUGAGUCUUCAUCUUUCCUGUCAGUCACUGACUACGUCGAAGAGGUGCGACCCAGCCCCGACCGUUCCCCUGCUCCUAGACACGCCUCUGUCCUACGAGUCACUGAGAGGGGCGGAGCCACAAAAUCAGUCACUGCUCCGGUCGGUCAGAUCGCAGUGGAGGAAAACGGAGAGGAGGAGAAGCCGAUCCGUCCAGACUGUUACAAACACUUUACACCUCGUUAUAAAACGUCUGCUCUUGACCCGAGUGCUGUAACUCCACCUCCAGGCCAAGAAGGCCUUAGCCUCAAAGCUGUGAUUGGUUACAAUGGCAAUGGGCGGAGCAACAUGGUCUGGAAUCCAGACACAGGUCUGUUCGUGUACUCCUGUGGGUGUGUGGUGGUGGUGGAGAAUCUCCACAACGGUUCUCAGAGGCACUGGCUUGGCCACAGCGAGGAGAUCUCGACCCUCGCCAUAACGCACGAUGCGCAGACCGUGGCCUCUGCGUCAGGAGGCGAGGCGUCGUCCAAGAGCCUCAUUUGCAUAUGGAACGUUCAAGACGGAUCACGCAGAAGUAGCGUUUUGUACCACAAGGGCUCGGUGCAGAGUCUGGCUUUCUCCAGAGACGACCUCUACUUCCUGUCCGUAGGCGAUUUUGAGGAGUCGGCGGUGGCACUGUGGAGCACGCACUCGUUCGAGCUGCUCUGUUCGAUCAGUGUGAGCGUCCCACUGCACGAGGCGGCAUUCUGCCCGAGCGGCGCCAGCCAACUGGCGUACGUCGGCUCCGGCGUCGUCUUUUUCUGCCGCAUACGUACACAAGGCCGUGGAGCGGAGCUACAGGUCCAAACCAUGGGUUUGCCAGAGGAGAUCGGCGAGGCUGAGGUCACCUCGCUUUGUUACGAUGCUAACUUCAUCCUGUACACUGGGACGAACAGUGGCCGUGUGUGUGUGUGGGACUGCAACACACACCGCUGCUUCAUGACCUGGGAGGCUGAUGAUGGUGAAAUCGGUGUGCUGCUGUGUCGUGGUAACAGGCUGCUCACUGGCAGUAACAGCAAGAAGUUAAAACUGUGGUCAGUGACCGCAGUGCAAAAUCUGAGACCUUCGAACUCCGAGACGAGCAGCAAGCGCUGUGAUGCUAAAGUGCUACUAGAGCAGGAGAUGAUGCUGGAUGGCACAGUGGUGAGCGCAGCGUUUGAUGAUGUCAUGGAUAUGGGAAUUGUGGGUACAACUGCUGGAACGCUGUGGUACAUAAACUGGAGAGACAACACCAGUAUACGCCUAAUCAGUGGCCAUAAAAGCAAGGUGAACGGCGUGGUAUGUAGUCCAGAUGAGCAUCACUUCGUCACCUGCGGGGCUGAUGGUAGCGUGAGAGUGUGGGCGUUGCCUAGCAACGAGCUACUGGUCCAGUUUCAGGUUCUCAACCAGAGCUGCGAGUGUGUGUGUUGGAGCCCAGCAGCAGGAGCGUGUGAGCUUGACAUGGUUGGGCGUGUAGCCGGAGGCUACAGCGACGGCUCUGUGCGGAUCUUCAGCGCAGCUUCGGCCGAGAUGGAACUCAAACUGCAGCCUCACCAAAGCGCUGUGAGCGCACUGCAGUACUCGCACCACGGUCAGGUGUUGCUUUCAGGAGGACGAGACGGCGUCAUUGCAGUGAGCAGCCCAUCAACAGGAGCCUCCUUGCGCAUCAUCAGUGACCAGAAGGGGGCGCCGAUCAGCGCUAUACAGUGCACAGGCAAACAGUAUAAGGAGUACGGUCUGGAGGGAAACGAGCUCUGGCUGGCCGUCAGCGCCGACCGCCGCGUCAGCAUCUGGGCAUCUGAUUGGGCCAAGGACAAAUGCGAGCUCUUGGAUUGGCUGACGUUUCCUGCUCCUGCCCCUCCUAGUCAGGACGCAGCGAGCUUGCCGCCCAGUCUGGCAGCGUUCAGCCCCACAGAGAGGGGAGUAGUGGUUUACACGGGGUAUGCUGCUCAGAAAGAACUCUCCUUCUACUGCCUGAAAAAGAAACAGGUGAUGAGAACGGUGUCUCUCCUGGACUGGGCUCUGUCUCUCAGCCUGUGUUUUAGAGGAAGACUGCUCGCUGUCGGAUCAAACCAGCGUGUGCUGAAGCUGAUCGACUCGUCCAGCGGCCGUUUUCAGGAUUUCACAUGGCACAGCGACUCCGUUCACCACUGCAGCUUCAGCCAAUCAGGAACUCUGUUCUCUGCAGCACAUGGAGAGGUCUUUUUGUGGAGCCUGAGAGGCCUGUGACUCUCUCACACACACACGCACACACACUCACACAGCAGUGGUAUCGCAAAUAAGAUGCAUGGUCAACACUAAUCCAUUUAACGUCCAUUAGCAUAGUUACUCUCUUACCACACAAUCUCUACACACACACACACACACACACACACACACACACACACACACACACACGCGCACUACUUGAGACCAAGCCUGGACCUUUGUUCUUAGUUUUAUUCCCGUUUGUCCAACCAGUCAAAUUCUUCGCUUCUCAAUGUCUAUGUGUGUGUAUUUAGUUACUUCUGCUAUUGUAUUUUAUCGCAGUUUAGUUGAGGUUUAUAUUUUAGAAAAAUGUUUGAACACUUUUUUUUUAUGUUUUUAAAUAAACAUCCUAAAUAAGAA